GCUUUCAAGGAGGUCUCCAAAACACGCCCCUCACCGUCACGCCGAAAACGUGAAGAAAUAUAAACAUUGAAUUUUUAUUUUACUUUUCUGCAUUUUCUGGCAAAUUUGCAAAGAGAUGUCUCUUUUGAUCGGUUUGCGGUUGCGGACAGCGUUAUCGUGCCAAAAGUGCCGCACUAUAUACACCACAGCUGCGAGGGAGGGAAAGCGAAAUUUCAGAAAAUUUGAUUUGGGAAACAAAAGAGGCUCCAAGGAAUUCCGAAGGCAGAGGAACGAAGGGAUGGUUGAGGACUUAAAAAUAGAGUCUCCAGUUAGACCAACAGGAUACACGGUGGAAGAUGGAAGUUUCAAACAAGUGCCUGAAAUGAUCCCCGAGCUGAUUGUACCGGACUUGGAAGGCUUCAAGCUGAAACCAUACGUGUCGUACAGAGUGGCAGACGUUGUGCAAUCAGAGUUCACGUCCCAAGAUCUCUUUGACGCAGUUUAUUCCAAAAAAAUUGUUCAAGAUUUCAAAGAAGGUAAGCUAACUGAGGAUGGACAGCCCCUGGAAUACAGCGAGGAGGAGAAGCUGACCCCUGAAGAGGCUUUCAGGAGGGCGAGGAAGACUGGCAGUGACCUUUUCGCUCAGACGUGGGACGAUAAUCCCAAGAAGUCGUUUCUCUCUUAGUUGUUUAUCUGCUGCAUUGCUUGUUCCAAUAAAAUAGCUCUUUACUUGUGAAA